AGCGUUCGCUCGCCGGCCGGCCGGCAUCAGUCUCUCCUGAGCCAGCGUGCCAAGCGGAUCACCGAGUGACGCUCUAGUUCGCCCUCCGAGGGAAUUCCCUGCGAUACCUACCUCUGCGGUUACGCCCGUCGUUGUCGACUCUUCAUUCUCUCAUCGAGUAAAUUGCUCACGAUGUCUCUCCUGCCCGUUCUGCUUAGCGAGCUGGACAGCCUCCGCCGCCCAGCCAACCUCUUCGACCAGUACUUCGGGGACGUGCUGCUCCGCGACGACCUCUUGUCGCCGUCGCUGUCCUCCGUCGCGGCGCCCCUGCUGUCCACCCACUACCUGCGGCCCUGGCGCGCCCAGCACCACCGCCAGAGCGGCGUGUCGCACCUCGUCGACGACAAGGACGCCGUGCGCAUCAACCUGGACGUGAAGCAGUUCAAGCCGGAGGAGCUCGCCGUCAAGGUGGUUGACGGCUACGUCGUGGUGGAAGGGAGCCACGAGGAGCGCCAGGACGAGCACGGCUACAUCUCGCGCUCCUUCAGCCGCCGUUACAAGCUGCCCGACAGCGUGGACCCGGACACCGUGGCGUCGUCUCUCUCCUCUGACGGCGUCCUGGUGGUGACCGCCCCCAAGAAGGCCCUGCCGCCUGCAGCCAACACCAGGAGCGUGCCCAUUACCCAGACGCAGCAGCCGGCAGCCAUUCAGCACAAGGAAGGCCGGGCGCUGAAGCAGGAUGAUGAGAAGAUGGAAAAAUAAGUGGUUUGAGAGUUUCACGAAUCUUCUGCAUACUUCACGUGUUCUGUUGCCUUAAUUUAAGAAGCAAUCUUGUUUUUCGAAGCCAAAUUCCAUAUGCCUAGGUACUUUAUUUUCGUGUAGUCUAGUGCGAGAAAGUUAAGACUGAUUACUGACUUAUUUCAUGCCACACAUUAUGUUAUUAUUAGGUUUCUUUUUCUUUAAUGCUUAGGAAGUGUUCUUUGAUAUUUUAGAAAUAAAUAAAUCACCUUUCAUGUCUA